GACCCUGGCAUAUCUUGCCUCUUCGCGUUCUCUUGCCUUUGCCCGUGAACGUGUGGCUGGUACAGCCUCCUGAGUGGAGGGUGACGCAACCAUAGUGAUGGGAAGAGUACAGCCACCCAUGCUCUAUAUACAAAUCGACAUCGGGUGCACAAUGAUUUGCCAAGGUCCGGUCGAAAGGACGCUUCAUCUGCACCCCAAGUCGGGCCAUGGCUUUCUUGAUCAGUAUCCCGAGCACUUUGCCGCCCAGUUUGUCAACGACUUUCUUGGUUGAUGGUGUGACCGUUCGUCUUGAAAUCAAUCAAGCAAGCUCGCCUUUCUAAUAUCCCGCCUGAGUCGAGCUUCUCUUGUGUUGGUCUCGACACUCGACGCUCACGGAGCGGCGCGCGGAUUCCGUGGAGACGCGUCCGUCUUUGGAAAAUAGAAGAGGAAGAUGGCGGGGUAAGGCCAUGUCCCCAGCGACAACCACCAUGCCGACGGCGCUGGCUGCUAGAAUGGCGAGGCGGGGCUGCCUGGCCCUGCCUCUUCUUGAGGGGAGACUUCUCCAAAGCAAGCAGCGGCAUGGUAUCACACUGAGGCUCCACAGCACCAGCAGCAGCGAAGCAACCGCCACGUCGGUCCUCGCAAACAAUGUCGACGCAAAUUCGGCAGACUUCGAGGCCAACCGAGCUCACAUGAGCGGUCUCAUUGCGGAUCUGGACAAGCUGCAGGGCCGAAUUGCGCUGGGAGGACCCGAAAAGGCAAGGCUGCGGCACGUCGGCAGAGGAAAGAUGCUGGCGCGGGAUCGCGUCGGUGCGCUCCUCGAUCCUGGUAGUCCUUUCAUCGAGGUGGGCAAUUUGGCAGGGUGGAACCUGUACGAGUCCGAGGGCGAAGAUGCUGUUCCUUGCGCUGGUGUCAUUGCUGGCAUUGGUCUUGUGGAAGGCAACCAGACGAUGGUCGUAGCAAAUGAUCCGACAGUCAAGGCUGGCGCAUACUACCCCAUCACUGUCAAGAAACACCUCCGAGCGCAACGGAUCGCGCGCGAGAAUCGGCUGCCGUGUGUCUAUAUGACUGAGAGCGCCGGUGCUGCUCUACCAUACCAGGCCGAUGUCUUUCCCGACGAGCUGCACUUUGGCCGCAUCUUUGCCGAAAUGGCCCAGAUGUCGGCCCUGGGCAUCCCUCAGAUCUCCAUCGUGCACGGCAUAUCUGUUGCAGGAGGCGCCUAUGUCCCCGCCAUGGCCGACGAGACAAUCAUCGUGAGAAAGCAGGGGACCAUCUUUCUUGCUGGUCCACCCCUUGUCAAAGCGGCACUUGGCGAGGUCGUCGAUGACGAGACUCUCGGAGGGGGCGAGAUGCACUCGAGCGUCAGCGGCGUGACGGACCAUCUGGCCAUCGACGAUGCCCACGCCAUUGCCCUUGCUCGCUCCGCCAUGGCCAACCUGGGUUGUGCCUCUUCCUCUUCACGAUCGGGAACAUCACCCACUUCGCCGCCGGUUGAAGAGCCACUGUACGACGCCUCGGAGCUUGAUGGCAUCGUUCCCCCCUCGCUGCGCCAGCCUUUCGAGAUGCGCGACAUCAUUGCCCGCCUUGUCGACGGAUCUCGCCUUCAUGAGUUCAAGCCCCGGUACGGAACCACGCUCGUCUGCGGCUUUGCCAAGAUGGGUGGCCAGCCCUGCGGCAUCCUUGCCAACAAUGGUAUCCUCUUUGGCGAAGCUGCCAAAAAGGCUGCCUCGUUUAUUGCCCUGUGCAACCAGCGCGCCAUCCCACUCGUCUUCCUCGUCAAUGUCACCGGCUACAUGGUCGGGGCCCGAGCUGAGCGCGAGGGUAUCGCAAAGGACGGCGCCAAGAUGGUCAGGGCUGUUGCAUGCGCAGAUGUGCCCAAGCUCACUGUCAUUGUCGGCGGAAGCUACGGGGCCGGUAACUACGGCAUGAACGGACGUGCAUACUCGCCCCGCUUCCUGUGGGCCUGGCCAACGGCGCGCGUGGCCGUCAUGGGCGGCGAGCAGCUCUCGAGCGUCAUGUCUGGCGUCUCCUCGUCCUCUGCAAACGGCGUCUCGGACCUGGCAAAGAAGAUCGACGACCAGAGCUUGCCCCUCUACGGCUCGGCGCGGCUCUGGGACGACGGCAUCAUCCGUCCGCGCGAUACGCGCGCCACACUCGCCCUCGCCCUCGACGUUGCCUGCCAGGGCAGGGAACGCAGCUGGGACUGGCAGAGGCGGAGAAGCGGACACGUCGCCUGGGACGGAAACGGUUACGGAUCGGGCGUCUUUAGAAUGUGACACGAUGGGAAAUCCUGCCUUGAGCGGAAGAUCACACAUCUACAAUACGUCGUGCUGAGAGAGAAAAAUGUCCAUAUACAAUGUUACAGAAAGCCUUUCGCACAGAGGCUCACGUUCAAGCGGGAAGAAAGGAUAGUGAGAAGAGCUGGCUCAUCAGCCGCCCCAUUCGUAGCUCUCCGUAACAACAUUGAUCUGUGCCGAGAGGUCGCCCUUUCGGACCCUGCUGGGGUCAAUCUGCCUUGCCACGAGGCUCCUCACGAGCG